AUGGACGAGGCGUUUGCAACCAAGUAUGCAGUCCCUCUGUGUCCAGUAGAUCCUCCUAUGCUUGUGGAGACCAUUGAUGGCAGGGUGCUUCUGUCUGGGCCUAUCAAGGUUGCCACGCAACCCUUACGCCUGGUCAUCGGGGCUCAUGAGGAAGCCAUCCAGUUCUACGUUACCUCUGGCCUGCAUUUCCCCAUGGUCUUGGGCUUGGCUUGGCUUCAGGCGCAUGAUCCACAGAUCUACUGGUCCCAGAACCUUGUCACCUUUCCAGCUUUGCAAUGUGAGGACCACACCCAUCAUGUCUGUGCAGGCCAGCUGCUGAGUCCACCCAGGGUGUCCUUGUCUUCCGACAUAGCAGAUUUUGCAGACGUGUUCAGUGAACAAGAAGCAGACCAAUUGCCACCACACCGGCCAUAUGAUUGCCCCAUCGAUUUGAUUCCGGAUGCGCUGCUCGCUGUGGGUUAUUUGUAUUCGAUGUCAGACCCGCAGUUGGCCGCAUUGCGGGACUUUUUGGACAAAAACCUAGAUCGGGGUUUUAUCCGACCCUCGUCUUCGCCACUGUCUGCCCCAGUCUUGUUCGUCAAAAAGAAGACUGGAGAUUUGAGACUAUGGAGCUGGGCCAGUUUCAAGGAAUCAUAUAUGGCUACAUUUUAUGACUACUUUAAUGAGCAAAAAUAUGCAGAUGCAGUAAAAAAUUUCUUAGAUUUGAUUUCAUCCUCCGGAAGGAGAGAUCACAAAAUUAUAGAACAACCAAUACUACUUAAAGAAGGGUUUAUGAUCAAAAGGGCACAAGGCAGGAAAAGAUUUGGCAUGAAGAACUUCAAGAAGAGGUGGUUUCGGCUCAGCAACCAUGAAUUUACCUAUCAGAAAAACAAAGGUGAUCAUCCAUUAUGUAGCAUUCCAAUUGAAAACAUUCUGGCUGUAGAAAAGUUGGAGGAAGAAUCCUUCAAAAUGAAAAAUAUGUUCCAAGUGAUUCAGCCUGAAAGAGUGCUCUAUAUUCAGGCCAAUAAUUGUGUUGAGGCCAAGGACUGGAUUGAUAUCCUCACCAAAGUUAGCCAGUGUAACAAGAAACGGCUCACUGUCUACCAUCCUUCUGCGUAUCUAAAUGGGCACUGGUUGUGCUGCAAAUCUAUAGCAGAUAAUGCUCCUGGUUGUACUCCUUGCACUGGGGGUCUACCAGCAAAUAUACAAUUAGACAUCGAUGGGGAUAGAGAAUCAGAACGCAUCUACUCCCUAUUCAAUCUAUAUAUGACCAAACUGGAGAAAAUGCAAGAGGCUUGUGGCAGCAGAUCAGUGUAUGAUGGGCCAGAGCAAGAAGAAUAUUCAACUUUUGUCAUUGAUGAUCCUCAAGAGACCUAUAAGACACUAAAACAGAUUAUAGCAAAUAUUAAAACCUUAGAACAGGAACACGCCCAGUAUAAGAGGGAUAAGUUCAAGAAGACAAAAUACGGAAGCCAGGAACAUCCCAUUGGUGACAAGAGCUUUCAAAGUUACAUAAGGCAAUAGUCAGAAAUCUCAGCUCAUUCCAUUUGAAGUUUGAAGAAAGUUAUUAGAUGGUGUAGCUGAAGGACUGAAGAAAGAGAAAAGCCACCUGUAGCAAGAUGUACAUAUCAAAUGACAAGCUUGUUGAGGCUUGCUCAGUGUUUUCUCUCUCUCCAAGAACUAUUACAAUUGUUGCUAUGCACUUUAUUCAUCUGGUGUUAACCAGAUCUGGUGUUCCUUAAUGAAGGAACUCUGCCUUCUAGGUGGUUUUCAUCAUAUGUGUUCUGCAUUUUUAAAAGUGUUGCUCUGGUUUCUUGGAAUCUACCGAUCAGUUCAAUGAUCAAAGCCUGUGGACUUCAUAUUGACAACUUCCACACUCCUUUUACAUGGCUGAGAGCCUUUUUCUAGAUUUCUAAUUUUUGAUGGCUGACUAGGGGCUACUUUGCAUUAUGCCACAGAGCAAUUAGGAAAAGCUUUGCAGAAUUUGCUUUUUAAUGAAGCAAAGCCCAGUUGGUUAUAGAUGUAAUUUCCCCUCACUGGAGCUUGCCUUGACCCUAAGAAGACUGAACAACAGGGUAUUUUGUUAGCAUUAGCAGCAUAUUAUUGGUUUAAGAAGAACUGGCUUCUAAAAACAAAGUCUACUAUUUAAUGGUACUCCCUGGAUUUUUUUGAUACAAAAUUGUUUCCACAAAGGCAAUCAAUUUCUAUUUUUUUCCUAUAAACUUAAAAUGUUAUAAACCUGAAUAAAUACGUAUUCAAACAACUUAUGUAUACUAAAAGAAUGCUCAUAGAGUAGUUGCAAAAACAAUGGUUUGAUUAUCAGAAUUAAUGAUUUUCUACUAUUUAAGGGCCAUUUCAAAUGCAAUACAUUUCUUACAUCUGUAAUAUUUCCAUGUAAGAAAUAAAAUCAACUGUAAGCAAUUUCUCAAUGAGUGAAGUGAGCACACACUUCUUUUUUGAUGACAUUUGAUGAUGAUAAUGUCAAUAAAAUUGGAGAUAAAAUUAAUCAGUAAAAAGUUGACUUAAUAAGUAGUACUGUAGGUGACCUCACCAGGUUUUUCCUCAGGGAAUUUGGAAAGCGAAAAAUGGCUAUAGUCUCUGAUACAAAAACCUAUUUCUUUUCUAGCGAGGUUGACGGCAACAUACUAAAACAUUUCAGCAAGGAAUAGAGACAAAGAUUUUUUACAAGAUGGUUUGCACAACCUACAUAGAAGUAUUAUUGAUGUAGGAAAACAUUCCAUAUGAAACAGACAAGAAGGCAAAGCUAUAAUGUAAUAUUAACUCUUCAUGCUCCCUUAAAGUUGCAAGAUAAGGUGUUAGCAGCAAGAUAUCAGUAAAGAGAUCUUAACAGAAAGUUAUGGAAGUUUUAUACUGAAUGUUGCAUGAGGCCGAAUUUCCUGUUCUCCUCGCACAACCUGAUUGUUAUGUAUAAGCAUAUAAACAAGAAGUAUUUCAAGAGCUUCAAGAAUGAAAGAUAUGUUUAGUUCGGGUUGUUUUCAUCACAUUAUCAUACAGUUGUACUUCGUUAAUAUGUUAUGAGUAGAUGCAGAGCAUAAGAUUUUUUUUUUUUUAAAAAAAAUCAAGAUGACAACCACACAAUCACAAUAUUGACCUUUUAACAUCCCCUCUCCACAGAUUCCCCUGAAUAGUUGAAAUGGGAAUGUGCAGCAUACCUCAUGAAUGCAAAUAAAUAUUGUUGGGGGGGGGGGUGUUUGAUGUGAGUGUGUGUAUGUGCGCUAUAAAAUUAUAAAAUGGUUUGGACCCAGAUCAAGUUAGUUGCACUUUAAGCUCCUCUGAUAGCUAGGACGUUUGUUAUGACCAUCAUAAGCCUUGUAUAUUUCAGUUAACCUAGAUAUGCCUAACUCUCUGGAUCCAACCCAAUAUAGCUGAUUGGUUAUGUCAUAGCUUUUCUAAGAGUCUGAUUCACUGCAUGUUGGGCUUUGACAAAAGUCAAAGUAAUGUGACGUAUGUUACAGGCUACCUGAGACUACUCUUGGACCACAAUAAAUGAGCAUUCAAGUUGACGCAAAGCUUCUUUAGAUUCUAAUAUUAAAAGUGAUGUCUGCAAAACCACCCCCACAUAGACAAAUCCAUACAAAGGAGAGAAGGACAAAUCUUUCUUGGAGCGUCUAUUUUGAAGGGUUCUUGUUCUUAGCAUUGGGCUACAUUAGGAAAUACAAGGUGAAAAUUUAUAACCUACCAAUUGCCAACAGAAGUGCUAGGGAAAAACAGCACCGUGUGCUCAAAACUGCCAGUUUUUUUUAAAAAAAUUAUUUGUAACUUAAUAGUCUUUUGACAAAAUACUAAUGACCUGCAAUGUGUGUUC